CGGUGGGCGCUGGACCCCGGGCGCCCGCGCUGUCGGGGGGGACCCGGGCGGGCCGCGGGCGCGCGCGGGGGCGGCGGCGCCGGAGCCCAACUUGGCCUUGGCUUCGCCCUGGGCCCAGCCCGCCGCUGUCCCCUCCUUCCCGCGAUUCCGUGGCUCCGCGCUGCCCCCCCGCACCCCCUCCCGCGUCCAGCCCCGUGCUCCCCACCUUGGAAAACAAAGCCGGGGAAAAUGCCCGGAGCUGCAGCUCGGAGCUCGCAGCCCGACUCGGCAUAAGAAUGGCGGCACCAGAUUUGCUGGAUCCUAAAUCUGCAGCUCAGAACUCCAAACCAAGGCUCUCAUUUUCCACAAAACCCACAGUGCUUGCUUCCCGGGUGGAGAGUGACACAGCCAUUAAUGUGAUGAAAUGGAAGACGGUCUCCACGAUUUUUCUGGUGGUGGUCCUCUACCUCAUCAUCGGCGCUACGGUGUUCAAAGCUCUGGAGCAGCCUCAUGAGAGUUCCCAGAGGACGACCAUCGUUAUCCAGAAACAGACCUUCAUUUCCCAACAUGCUUGUGUCAAUUCAACAGAGCUGGAUGAGCUUAUCCAGCAAAUAGUGGCAGCAAUAAAUGCAGGGAUUAUCCCUUUAGGAAACACCUCCAAUCAAAUCAGUCACUGGGACUUGGGAAGUUCCUUCUUCUUUGCUGGCACUGUUAUCACAACCAUAGGUUUUGGAAAUAUCUCACCACGCACUGAAGGGGGGAAGAUAUUCUGCAUCAUCUAUGCCUUACUGGGAAUCCCUCUUUUUGGGUUUUUGUUGGCUGGAGUUGGAGAUCAACUUGGGACCAUAUUUGGGAAAGGAAUCGCCAAAGUGGAGGACACAUUUAUUAAAUGGAACGUUAGUCAGACCAAGAUCCGCAUCAUCUCAACAAUCAUAUUUAUCCUUUUUGGCUGUGUGCUGUUUGUGGCACUGCCUGCCAUCAUAUUCAAGCAUAUAGAAGGUUGGAGUGCCCUGGAUGCCAUCUACUUUGUGGUUAUUACCUUGACCACCAUCGGAUUUGGUGAUUAUGUUGCAGGAGGCUCAGAUAUUGAGUACCUAGACUUCUACAAGCCCGUGGUGUGGUUCUGGAUUCUUGUUGGCCUGGCCUACUUUGCAGCUGUGCUGAGUAUGAUUGGAGACUGGCUGCGAGUGAUCUCUAAGAAGACCAAGGAGGAGGUGGGGGAGUUCCGAGCCCAUGCUGCCGAGUGGACAGCCAAUGUCACAGCUGAGUUCAAGGAGACUAGGCGGCGGCUGAGCGUGGAGAUCUACGACAAGUUCCAGCGGGCCACGUCCAUCAAGCGCAAGCUCUCAGCCGAGCUGGCAGGCAACCACACCCAGGAGCUGACGCCUUGCCGCAGGACCCUGUCAGUGAAUCACCUGGCCAGUGAGCGGGAUGCGCUGCCGCCCCUCCUCAAAGCCGAGAGCAUCUACCUAAAUGGACUAACCCCACACCGUGCCACUGAUGACAUUGCUGUGAUAGAGAACUUUAAAUAGCCCAUGCUCCAGAGAUGGGGGUGGGGAGGAGGAGCAGUAGGUGAGGACUCCUUGCUCUUUCUGACUUGCUGGUAGUGUGUUUUUACAACAAACAAAACUUGUGCAUGAGCUCCAACUGGGGGGAUGAUGUAGAGCUGCCCUCCUCCCCUGUCAUCUGCCAUGGAGAGCACCUGGAAUCCUGAGCCAGCACUCUCUGACCACGCUUGUUGGGACAGCCGCUUGCUUUGACAAGUGCCAUCUCACAAGCUCGUCUGCUGCCUUUCUGUGCCCAGACUGUUGUCCCCGCUCCCCCCACUGGUCCCCAUGUGCCAUCAGGCCUAUGAGUGGAAUUCUGUUGGUUUCUUGUGAGAAGGUAGCUUUCACAGAUCAGUCCUUCCACUAUUCAGGGUCUUCCUACCUGAGCCUAGAUGUGGUCCUUUCAUAACUGACGGCUUUUCUCUUUGUAAGUGGCAGGCAAUUCUUAUGCAGCCUUUGACCUAAGAAAUUUUCUGUCAGUGCCUUAUCUUUGGAAGAAUCCGAGCCUCUCUAGCUAAUGCUUGGUCUCUCUUUCUCUGCCCUGCCCCUAGGCUUGACUCUGCAGACUCCCCUCCCUGACAUCCCACCCUCACUCCUACACACACACACACACACACACACACACACACACACACACACACACACCCUAUGAUCCCUUUAAGAUCCUUCCCCUUGCUGGUAACAGUUUAUACAAAGACAGAAACGAGUGAGGGUGUUGGAAGAGGGCAUAGAGGCCAAAUUAGAGGGACC